UCUUGCUCGCGAUGCAACGCCAGCAGGAAUCUCGAGCCGGCAGCGAGUCGUCUACGAUGUGUGUGCAACGUGUUCAGCAGGAUGAUUGGCUUCGAGAACGGCAACCCGCUCUGCGCCGCCUGCGACCCUGACAUGAUCGCGACUGCCGAUGGGAAGGAGUGCAUCUUGCGCUCGAAUACAACGUGCAAGUGCUCCUCGAACGAAAUAAGACUGGAUAGAAAUGUAAACGGCAUACUAUUGGAUACCGUGCUUUGUGUAACGUGCGUCCAAGGCACGUAUCCGUCCACCGACUGCUCGGAAUGCCUGCCGUGCGACGGCCGCGAGUACAGCGGCCGCGCGAAUUGCGUGUGCCCGAGCGCGACGCACGUAAGACUACGGAAUUAUUGUCUGCACAAGGACGAUGUCGCCGACUGGCCCGAUGUCAGAAACACGUAUCUGAUGAAAUUUCAAAGCGAGAGCGUCGACAGUUAUUACCUGCGAAGUGAAUUGCAAGUAGCGGUGCAUCUCUGCAAGAGGAAAGAUAGGAUGGCGUGCGAACACUUGUCGAAUAUAUGCGCUCUGACUCUUUACACGGAUGGCAUAGCUUGCAUGCUCUUUGUGCACACACCCUUGGCGCCCGUGUGGUUGUUUUACAGCAAGCAGGACGCUGCGUCGAUAGUAAACAGCACGAAGAUAUCCGAAAAAUAUAGCCUUAGGAGAGGAGAUAAUAGCAGCACCCUCGACUUCGCAAUAGCCAAAUUCUCGUUGAACGGCGAGUUCCUGUCCAUCGGUAGGCCGAAUCUUCCUUGCCAGCUCCUGAGGAACGUGAGGUUCGGUGUGAAUUAUUACAAAAGAUGCAAAACCACCGCUAUCGAAUUGUUAAAUGCACAAGUGGAGCUAUUAUCUCCUUACUUAAUAUUUAAGAAUGGCAAUAGAACCUUCACACACGCGUUGCCUGUGACCGUCAAACCGGCGGGAGAGGACGUCGACGAAAUCCCGCAGCAGCAAUUAGUGCGGAAAUUUUUUCUAGUCGACAAUGUGAGCGGUUUCAAAGCGUUACCCACGUUCCUGAACAGUAGAUUUGCGAAAGCGCCGCAAAUUUCUGUGCUGCGGUACAUGAAAUCUCUGACUGUCUUAGUGGACGUUCAGGAUGGAGAAGAGCACGGAAAAAUUUUUGCCCCCUUUUUAAUCGCCAAGUACGACGAGUUGACGUAUCAGGAACUUCUCGACAACCCGGACGUUGUAGUAGAAUAUAAAGUUACAUUCAUGUUAAAGGGCAGUGACGUGGAUUACAACGUGCAGAUAACUAUCGGAGUGUUGACGGGGAUAGCGCUGAUAUUUUCCACGGUCAGGGCAUGGAGUUAUUACAAGCGCAAUCACAACGGCAAUCUUAGCAUAACUGUGUUAUUGUGGUUCCUGAUCUACGCCAUGGGUGUCGUUGGAAAUGUCAUUACUUUCGUAUGCAUCGGCGCGUGCGUAUACCUGUUCGUCUUUUACAAAGGCCAAACUGUACCGUACAUUUUACUUCCCGACGAUGCCAGUGAGAAGAAAAUCCAGACGUACAUAAGUGUGGCGUUCAGUUUCAAAAUCGUAGAAAUGAUUGGCUUCGUCUGUCAGCACUGGGGCUUAAGUGUAUUCUUCAUUGAUUGGGAACAACCGAGAACGAUACACAGCCAGGUGAAGUACGACUCGCCGCAUACCUCCCUGCGGAAAUUGUACGCCGACAGAUUUCCGCGGAGCGACGGCAGACCCACGUCGAGAAUAUCGUCGGACAUGAUCGCGUCCAAGAGAAGGAGAAGAUCGCGUAAGACGAACGAAAGCCCGAGCGAGAUCUCCAAGUUUUCCCCGACUGACAAAUACGCGCCGGACUUCUCUUCCAUUUGCUCGCUGUCGCCUAUGCAGGAGGCGGCCGUUCACAACGCGCCGAUCAGCAUCUGGAGGACCUACUUCGUCGCGAACGAAUGGUGCAAACUGCAGACCAAACGGAGAGUAAACGUGGUCUUGCAGUCGGUUUACACUCUGUGCAUCUUGCAGAUAUUCAAUUUGGAAUCGUGGAUGCUGGCGGUGCCGGACAGCUCGUCCGAAGAAGCGAGGAGCAAUUUUACGCUGCGGUACGCGAUUUGCACAUUCGUCUACGUAUCCGUGUACUUCGCGCAAUGGCUGAUCCGCGUCACGUUCUACGAGAGAUAUAUACGGAACAGGUUGCAGAAGUUCGUGGACCUGUGCUCGGUCGCGAACAUCAGCGUGCUCGUAUUGCCGCACAAUUACUACGGCUUCUACAUCCACGGCAGAUCCGUGCAUGGAUACGCGGACACCGAUCUCCCCACGCUGAUAAGCGAUCUAAAGAAGGAAGAGGAUAACUUGUGCGCACACAGAGGCCUAGUACCUGGAACGACCGAGCAGACUUUUAUAAUAUCGCUGACUCAUUCGUUCAAGUCUUUGUACGACGAGCUCCUGAAGCAGCGGAACAAUGAAAACGCAGGGCCUUUCAGAGGCAACGACUCACCCUCCAAAAGCUGGAAACAAUUGAACGAGAUGAGAUCGAAAGUGAGAACGUUCCUGAUACAGUUCCUGGAUCAUUGCUCCGAGAGCGAGGAUUAUAUAAUUAAGGAGCAGCAUGUACUGGAAAAACUGUGUGAUGUUCUUUGCCAAGAUGCCAAAGAUAAAUCCGUCUUCUAUAUCGAUAACAAUUACUCCUUCAGCAGAGUGAUACUUUACGGAAACGAAUGGCUAUUGGCGACGUUUGAAAUCACCGUAUUCGCGUUCCUCCUGGCGUUAUAUGACACUUACGUACUCGCCUGUGUAACAACAGUCCUUUUAUCGCAAUUAUUUUUAAUAAUCAUCAGAUGCAACGUUAAGAGAAAUCUCUGCAACAAGUCAUUAUUGGAUAAGAGAUUUUUAAUGUGAAGAAAGAUUGCAUGAGUAAUUAAAACAAAUUAAUUGAAUCAAUAUCGCGUAAUUAACAUCUGCUAAUAGUGAUUAUUCUAAAUUCCUAAAGUUAUUCUUCUCGUUCAAGCACGUGAAUUUCAUUGCAAUAUAAUUCAUCUCUCUUCAUGCUCAGAAUUAAUUUGAUAUCUGAUUUUUAUCAGAUUCUGUUGAUUAUCAGUUAAUUAUAUUU